AAUACAUAAGACAUGUGCUAAUGCUACAAUUGAUUGAGAAUCCCUGAUUUCGCGGGUAACUAGUCUCAUGUAAACAGAAGCCAGAAGUUCGGGUCACCAAGAACAGGACUAUGGGGAACUCGGAGUCCUCGACUCCAGUCUCACUUUGCUACUUGAGCGACAAAGGUCAAGGUCUGUACGAGACUAACAACAAUAUAUCAAAUAAAAGUUCUUUGUGUUGUCAGCUGCCAGUCAAACUGAAACAGGGAGAUAGAAUCAUCAUCACCGGAACAACGCUACCAACGUUCAAAAGCUUCAGUGUGAACCUGAGCCAGGACAAUAACAUCGACAAGGAUUGUGUCCUUCACUUCAACCCGAGGUUUAGGUUCAAUUCCAAGUGCACAGAUGGCCAGGUAGUUAUGAACUACAAGAAGAAUUCCAAGUGGCGCAAGGAAGAACGCUGGCUGAAUAUGCCUUUCAAUACGAACCAGCCUUUCGUGAUAGAGAUAGCUGUGACCAAACAGUCCUAUGUGAUCACUAUAGACGACUCACCUUUCUAUGCUUUUAAUCAUCGAGUUGACAUGCACGAAGCUAACUUCAUAUACAUCAGUGGGGAUGUGUCUAUUAGUUCUAUACAGCUUUUUAACAGCGACACGACAAGGGCAGUAAAAAGUGCUCCGCCAGCACGACAUUGACAAUGUCCAUGAAAU